AUGGCGCCUGCGGCGGGACGCUGGGCUCCGGCUGUCUGGAGGGUCUGCCACGGCCUCAUGGCCACCUUCUUCGCGCUGGCCGCCUUCGUGCAGCUAAAUGACCCAGAUGCAGAACUGUGGAUGGUGACAUAUGCCAUACCUGCAGUGCUGACCCUGCUUGUUGGAUUUAAUCCUCACAUCACAGGUAAUUUUAUUUGGAAGAGCAUCUCUGCAAUACACAUAUUAUUUUGUAUCACAUGGUCCAUUGGCUUGUUAUACUACCUCUUGCUUCAUAAGAAACAAAGCAUCAUACAUGAGGAAGAAGCCAGGGAGCUGUUUGGCUUGUUGAUUAUAACAUCAUGGAUGAUCCUAUCAAAGAAUUCAGUUGGUGGAAGAGUUCAGUUGUUUAUUGCGAUUGUAAUUACUCUUUUCCCAUUUGUCUCAUGGGCCUACAUAUAUAUAAAUAAGGAGAUACAAGACUCCUGGCCAACUCAUUGCAAAACAGCAAUGUAAGUCAGACUAAGAAGCCUGUACAUAAAAUAAAUAUUUUAAUCAAAUUUU